UUUCACUUCCAUAGCUAGCUAGCUAGAGAGAAGAAGAAAUUGCGCUGUCAAUCUUGAAGCUCUGAGCAAGUGGUCAAACUAUUUGUCUGUAUUGGUGGAGGCUGAAGACAUGAGUCCAUGGACAGGGACUACUGAGGAACCUUCAUCAAGAACAUUAACAAGAGAUACUACACAUAGGAACAGAGCCGACCGACGUGGAGACGGUUACUAUCGCUACUGAAGAGGUGGUACCCAGUUCACAGUUUGAGAUAGAGAUAAGUCAGAGUGAUGAUGGGGAGAGUGUGGAGCAGCUACAGGCCAGUGACUUGGGCCCUAACUUUGGCCUGUGCAUGAUACCCAGGAGGUCCACACGCUAACUAGCGAUGAUGGUUUGCCCUCUGACAUGACCUCUGAGGAUGGCUCCACCCUCAAUGCUAAUAGGCCACGCCCUCAUCCAGAUGCAGCAAGGUGGACAGACCACCCCCUCAUCACUAGGAGCACCUCAUCUGGUUCAGAGUCUGGCCAAAAUGGUGAGUAAUGGAGGCCAAAUUUAUCAGUGUGACGAUACAUUUUUUUUGCCAAAUCCAAAAGUUAUAGGUUUCGAUAAGUUAUCCAAGUGCUUGUACGUACUAAUUACAUGUAGAACCAUGAGUAUUAUUGCUAAUGUUUGAUAUAAAAUAAUGGAAGUGGUGUUGAAAAAUAGUCAGUUUUUACUAUGUUGUUGUGUGUGUUGAGGUCCUCUGUAUGUGAUGAUCCCACCAUCCAGUAGUGCUGAGAUACUGCAUGCAAUGGGUCGACCUAUAGCACCCAAGAUGAGAGGGAUAUCAACUAUGGAUUAUCACACGGCCGACCCCAUCGUUCAAAUGCAGUUGUGAGUACACAGUUCAUGUGAUUGCCUACCUCUGCAUAACAUGUAUGACAGUAUGUUAGGAAAAGCAUCAUUCUUGCUACAUACACAGGGUUCUGCCUACAGUGGUCGUUUAGGUAAGCUGCGACCACCACUAGGUAUUUUCCGACCACCACUUAGCCUUUCCGACCACUGCUUUACAUUCUACAAGUACUGGCUAGUCCAGUUUAGCUGCUAGUCUUCGCUUACCAGUUUUACUGUCUUGAUGUGCCUUAUAUAGAGCUAACUAUUAAUUGAACUCUACUGCAUGACCAGAACAAUUAAUUGAAUUAAUUGAAGCUGCAGCAUGGCUUUGUUGAGUUCGAGGAGUACUGCAGCUAGCUAGCUAGCUAUACUCUGCCUUAAAACAGGGAGUUGGACCACCUGCUAAGGAAAAGACAAGCUAGAGAGUGAGCAACUGGGUGCAGUUAACACUUUCAAGUACUGAUUAUGACCCGGCCUGUGAUGAAGAAAUCUUAGUAUAGCACCAUACUGUACUGAUGCAAGUACAACAAUGUACAUAUAUAAUUAUGUCAGCUACAGUACCCAUCAAUAAAAAGUUCCCGUUCCGUUUGCGUAAAACGCACAAUUCCGGUUUAAACACAUAAAAAAAAACGCAUAGUUGAACGCAUUGUAUUAUGCAAAACGCUACCGUUUUCACGCAUGUGCAGAAAAAUUGCUGAGUAAGCAGAUUCGUUAACUUGUGAUCGUGCGUACAGUGUAGCAGUAGCUAGCUAGCUAGCUUGUGUACUACAGUAUAGCUGAUUGUCUAGCGCUUUAAUCCUCUCAGUUAGCUUAGUAGGCUGAAAGGGGGGUCCAGGGGUCCUUCCCCGGAAAAUUUUUUAUUCUAGAUGGCCAGAGACGCAAAUAAGGUGGAAGGUUUGGGGGGAAAAUUGGAUAGUUUGGGGGGGAAGUUGGGUAGUUUGGGGGGGAAGCUUCCCCCCUGCCCCCCCCCCCCCACUAGAUAGAACCCUGAUUGUGUAAGUAAUUUCAAUUUUUCAUGAUGACGUCACCAUUUUAAUUUAUAAUGAGAAAUUGGUCGCGUUGUGCAUCCAGUUUAACGCUACCGUUUAUACGUGCGUUUUUAGAAACGGAACGGGAACUUUUUAUUGAUGUAUACUGUAUAUACUUACAUGGCUUACAACACAUGCUAGUUCAAAUUUGUGUCCCCCUUCUCGUACACACCCCCUGCAUGGGCAAAUUUUCCCCCAUCAUUUUUAACCACCUCUCAAAAUUCCUAGGCAGAACCCUGCAUACCGUAUUACUAGAAUACUUUGCUGUUGGUGAAAAACCUUUGCAAAUCAGCCGAAUCGGCAACCCUUUGCGAUCUAACUAUUGCGUUCUGGCAAGGAUCGUGUGUAUUUACCCAAAAUUAGGUUUUGCUGUUUAAAAAUUCGCAUAAUUAUGCUCGUAAAACGUUCUAGUAAUACGGUAACUGUGAGGAGUGUUGUUAUUAUGGUGGUUGGUUUGCAGGUCUGGGGAUAUGGCCACCAACAGGGAAGCUCAGAGGAAGGCUACACACAAUGAAGUUGAGCGUUGUUGGCGUCGGGACAGGAUCAACGAGCUCAUCAAGAUACUGGCUCAGAUAGUGCCUGCUUGUCAGAAGAAAGACGCAACUACUGGUUCCAUUGUCGGGUAUGUGUACAGCAAGGGAACGGUACUGGACCAGACAGUGGACUACUUGAAAGAGCUCGUGUUUCAAACUAACAACUCACAGCCAGUGCCAAAAUCGCAGAGAAAUCAACCAAAGCUUUGAACCAAAUCCUAGUCCUAGAGAAAGAGAACGCAUUUCUUCGAGCACAGAUUAUCCAGUUCGGAAUCGAUGGAGCUGCCUCCUCUGGUCAGAAGCAACCUAACCAGCAACUUCUAAACUCUCCUCUGGCCAGAAAAUCUCCCCUUCACUUACUAUAGCUACAUUGUCAGUAUUAUUAUGUAUACAUAGUUUUUAUACAUGAUAUUUGUGUUAUUGAACCAGAACAUAAUAAAUUUAGAAAAAAAAUGUUGUGAACAUAGCUACGCCCAUUAUAAUUAUGUGCAGCCUAGCCUCCAUCUCAAGCUGCACUUCCUCGAAAGUUGGCCUGGUAGUGUAGACUGCUUGCGCAUGCGCUAACCAUUAGCUACUGAACAUGAAACUGUGCUGAUGAUGAACCUUCAUCAAGAACAAGGUACGUGUGUAUAAUGUGUAGUUAUGCAGUGCAAUGAGUUGACUGUGUACUAUUGAAUGUACAGUACAAAGAAUGGGAACCUAGCAUGCUUACUAGUCUGUAUGUACAUGCACUUGUAUACAAGGUAUGCUUCAAUGUAUGCAGUUUAGGUGUGUACAGGGAAACGUGUGUCAAUUGAGAACACUAGCUCACAAUAUUUGUACAUGACAUUGUACAGUACGUGUACCAGACCCUUCAUCACACUACCAGUUUGAAUGUGUCCAUGUGUUGUUUAUCCUGGCUACAGGACACUGCCGAGGGUAGCACUUCAGUGCUCUAGUUCUAAUUGUAGAUUGACUGAUCGAUUUGUCUUCUGUACUAUUGUUUGAUUUUUCCGCCCCUCAUCUUUUCCGGCCCCCAGUUAUGCGGCCAUUUUUCAGCCCGGCCAAGUGUUGAGGAGACAAGAAGAGGCACUGAGAAUGGAGGUAGAGGCGUACUAUGCUGCUAAGAAGGCCACUCAGUGUGACUAUGACCGUGUGACUCUUUAACCCCUCAGUUCCAUUAGGAUAACUGGGGGCUGGAAAGAUAAGCCUACUAUGCUGCUAAGAAAGAGAGGGGCCUCACGUAAACUGGCCACUCAGUGUGACUAUGAUCAUGUGACUCUUUAACCCCUCAGUUCCCAAGCCCCACCCCUCACUGUCUGACUUGGAAGAGGAGAUAGACUUUGUAUUCUGGGAGAAGGCGUCCACCCUACCCUCGGACAAGACCCCAACCAAGGACCUGAACUUGUUAUGAGACUGUUAAAUAUUAUUUUGUCUGUUUUUGUACUAUUUUCUGGCAAUGUAAUUAUGUAUGUACCACUUCAUGUCAUCAUAAUAACUAUAAUUAUAUGCGAUAAAAUUC